GCCGAAUUAAAUCUGAAAAUGAGUACGAAAGGCAAGCGUGAAAGCGAGGGGAACGGCGCAAGGAGGGGCACAAUCACCUGCGGUUGGGCGGCAAGAGGAAGGCGCCGUCGCGCCCAUGCCGACCAUCUGCCAUCCGGGCCGCCAAUGAUCGACGCCCGCUUCCUAUGGCCCUGGAUUGCUCCAAACUAAUGGCCAAUCAAACAUCAGAUCGCCGUGAUAGACUUGCCUUCGUCAUGCAGCGGGCGGUAACCGCGCC